UGGAACUGGGAGGCUGCAACUGCCUGAGCGGACGACAAUUAACUCCGAGAACGAAUGAUUAGGCUACUUGUGCACCCGAAGCAGGAAUUUAAGGGGUUGCAAAUGAAGUCAGCAAGUCUUCAAUUAAAAUAAGGAAGUUGAAUAAACGCAUGUUCAACUUGGGAAUUAUUGAUCGCUAUUUUUACGCCCAGAGUUCUUCCCGUCUGUUUUGGAGCUGAAGUUGUUGCGCCGGGCAAAUGUCAGAUCCACCUGCAAUCUACAGAGGAGUCUUCCAAAUAAUGUUUGGAUUUCUAUGCUCCGGAAUGUACAGGGGGGUCUCUUCAUAAUGCAUAUUUUCCUGUGAACAAGAACUUUUGUGAGGAAAAUAAACGUUUUUUAUAUAUAUACAUUUAAGCCUUGCAUCACUUUUUACACGGGAAUUUCAUGAAUUGAUUUCAUAUUAUGACCAAAGAGCAUGAAAAUACAUACUUUUAUUAGGGCAACCGCAGGAUCUCACUGAAGCAUCAGACAUAAUUGGUCUUCAUACUAUUUAAAAAAUCCGGCAAAGUCCGGAGAGGAUGAGGAGUCGUUGGGUGAAGCAUGAGCUGCCAGGGUAUCGCUCUUAGACGAGUGUCUGUGCUGCUCCUAUGGGAGGGGCUCGCUCUGAGCCUGUUCUGCUGCUGGACGGGGACAGGGGUUGCUGCUGCCGCGGUCAGACCCAGUGAUGACAGCUGUACCGCUAGGCCCAUGGGCUGGCUGCUGUCGGACAAAGGGCCCUUCCACCACUCUUUGGAGUUCACUGAGUCGGUGGAGAGACACCAGCAGGGCUACACUACAAGAUACAAGAUCUUCAGGGAGUUCGGCAGAUGGAAAGUCAACAGCCUGGCGGUGGAAAGGCGGGAAGGCAGCAGCCGCCUGGCUCCGCCCCUCGACCCUGACUUCAUGCACACAGUCAGGCAGCUGGGGCGGCGGCCCACCCUCCGCAGGAUCACUGAGACCAUUAUCAAGAAGUACGGGACUCACCUCCUGCUGUCCGCCACUCUGGGAGGGGAGGAGUCCUUGACGAUAUUUGUGGAUAAGCGGAAGCUGAGCAGCGGCCCGGAACCAGGGUCUGGAGCUGAGGGCAGCAGACACAACAGUACGGGGGCUGGGGCGGGAGCGGGGGCUGGGGCGGGAGCGGGGGCUGGGGCGGGAGCGGGGGCUGGGGCGGUGUCCCUGGAGGCCCUUCACCAGCUGGCUGCCUCCUACUUCACCGACAGGGAGAACACCCUGCGCCGGCUCCACCACCUCCAGAUCGCCUCCACCGCCAUCAGGGUGACUGAAACCAGGACAGGCCCCCUUGGAUGCAGUAACUAUGAUAACCUUGACUCUGUCAGCUCAGUACUGGUCCACAGUCCAGAAAACAAGAUACAGUUACAAGGACUCCAGGUCAUUCUGCCAGCGUACCUGCGGAGCCGCUUUGUCCAGGCAGCCCUCAGCUACAUCGGCUGCAACUCGGAGGGCCAGUUUGUGUGCAGGGCCAGCGACUGCUGGUGCCAGUGCAGCCCGGACUUCCCACAGUGCAACUGUCCACAGACGGACCUCCAGGCCCUGGAGAACAACCUGCUCCGAUUCAGAGAGGCGUGGACACUGGCCAACCAGGAGUUUGAGGAAUCAGAGGAGUUCCAAAGCUUCGUUGGAAGGCUGCCAACCCAUUACGCCGUGAACAAAUCUGUCGUGGAGCACUUGUGGAGGACGGAUGGGGGUCUGCUCCAGCGCUACAGGCAGCUGGAGACCACGAGAGGCCUGCUCCUCGACAAAGCGCGCCACACCGCUAACAAGCUCUUCAGCCUCAUUAAGAGAUGCCGCCAUCAGCCCAGAAUAGUGCUGCACAGGGAGAGACCCCUCCGCUACUGGCUGAGCUACAUCCUGUCCCUCCUGUACUGCAGUGAGAACGACCACAUCGGCGUGUACUCUGAGGAGACCCGCAGCUGCUCCUGCCCCUACCACCACCCUCCCUGCCAGGGCCCCGUCCCCUGCUCCGUGGGAGACGGCCCCCGCUGCGCCUCUUGCUCCGCCGAGAACCGCACCCGCUGCUCCAGCUGCAACCAGGGCUUCUUUCUGGGCCAGGGGCUCUGCCGGCCCGCCGUGCCAGACCCCACGGACCCCUACCUGGGUUUGGAGAGCGACCGCGACCUUCAGGACCUGGAGCUGCGCUACCUACUCCAGCGCCAAGACCCGCGCAUCGCCCUGCACGCCGUCUUUGUCAGCAGCGACGUGCGCCUCAACGCCUGGUUCGACCCGUCGUGGCGGAAGAGGAUGCUGCUGACGCUGAAGAGCAACCGCUACAAGUCCAACCGCGUGCACAUGCUCCUGGGGGUGGCGCUCCAGGUGUGCCUGACCAAGAACAGCACGAUGGAGCCUGUGCUGUCCGUGUUCGUCAACCCGUUCGGAGGCAGCCACUCGGAGAGCUGGACCAUGCCCAUCGGCCAGCACGGCUACCCCGACUGGGAGAGGACCAAGCUGGAUAUCCCCCUGGACUGCUACAACUGGACCUUGACGCUGGGCAACCGGUGGAAGAGCUUUUUCGAGACAGUCCAUUUCUACCUGAGGAGCCGCAUUAGGGAUUUGGGGCCAGGGUCGGAGGUUGGGGGACACAGAAACGCUAGUAGAGUGUACUUUGAACCACCAGAGGGCGCCGUGGAACCCGUGGAGGCGUAUUCAUCCCAGAACAUGGGCUACAUGAAGAUUAACAGCAUGCAGCUGUUUGGAUACAGCAUGCACUUUGACCCAGACGCAAUCCAGGACCUAAUCCUGCAGCUGGACUACCCAUACACCCAGGGAUCCCAGGACUCAGCCCUGCUGCAGCUGGUAGAGGUCCGCUACAGGGUCAACCGCCUCUCCCCUCCAGGGUCUCAGCCCAUGGACCUGUUCUCCUGUCUGCUCCGUCAAAGACUGAAACUGUCCAGUUCAGAAGUGACCAGAAUACUGGCUUCUCUACAGGCUUUCAGUGCCAGACAACCAAACUCUGUGGAGUACGAGGCAACCAAACUAUGUAGUUAAUAAUGGGCAAUGUGAUGUUUCUUUUUGUAUUAACCCAAUCAGAUACAAUGUCAGCCCCAUAGCCUAUAUCUUUUGUCCGCGGGUCCGUUUGUGUUGGUGUUUGCCAUUCAUGGCUUUAAUUGUAUAUAAGUGUCAUUAAAUUUGAUGUUUUUAUCACUCCAAUGAAUCAUAUUGCCUUGGUU